GAGGUAGAGACUCGUAACAUGUUAAAAUGGCCGCUAUCGAAGUGUCUUUGGCUUCUACGCUUUUUACGACUUUAUCAUCGUCUUCUUCUUCUUCUUCUUCCUUCCUUUUCAGGAAAUUGCGAUCGACCCCUUUUCUGUGUCUCUCUUUUGCAGUCAAACCCCUGUGUUCUCUCAGGGGAAAUCGCAUGGCUCAUUCUCUCGCUCGUGCCACUCUCGGCCUCACUCACCCUGCUCAAAUCGAACCCCCCAAGAUCUCUUUCUCUGCGAAAUUGAUUGAUUUGGUGGAAUGGAAAGGAGAUAUACUAGCAGUUGGUGUUACAGAGAAAGACAUGGUCAAAGAUGGAAACUUGAAAUUCCAGAACUCAAUCCUGAAGAAACUGGAUUCCCAUUUGGGUGGUUUGUUGGCUGAAGCUUCGUUGGAGGAGGAUUUCACCGGAAAAGCUGGGCAGUCAACUGUUCUUAGGCUUGCGGGUCUUGGCUCGAAAAGGGUUGGGUUAAUUGGGCUCGGACAAUCCGCUUCAACUACAUUGGCUUAUCGUAGUCUUGGUGAGGCUGUUGCUGCAGCAGCAAAGGCUGCUCGGGCAAGUAAUGUGGCCAUUGUGCUUGCCUCUCCUGAGGGGCUCUCUGCUGAAUCAAAACUUAAUACUGCUUCAGCAAUAGCAUCUGGAACUGUGCUGGGGACCUAUGAGGAUAUUAGGUUUAAGUCAGAGUCAAAGAAACCGCCUUCAGCUCUCAAAUCUGUGGAUAUUCUUGGUCUUGGAACUGGACCUGAGCUAGAAAAGAAGCUUAAAUACGCAGAAGAUGUUUGCUCUGCAAUUAUUUUUGGGAAAGAGCUGGUAAAUUCACCCGCCAAUGUACUCACCCCUGGGGUAUUAGCUGAAGAGGCUUCAAAAAUUGCCUCCAUGUACAGCGAUGUUCUUUCUGCAACAAUUUUGAAUGUAGACCAGUGCAAAGAACUGAAAAUGGGUUCCUACCUUGGUGUAGCUGCCGCUUCCGCAAAUCCUCCUCAUUUCAUCCAUUUAUGUUACAAGCCAUCAAGUGGGCCUGUUAAAGCCAAGUUAGCUUUGGUGGGAAAAGGGUUGACUUUUGACAGUGGUGGCUACAACAUCAAGACAGGACCUGGCUGUUCAAUUGAGUUCAUGAAAUUUGAUAUGGGAGGUUCAGCAUUCCCAACACCUACUGGCUCAUCACCUCUAUUACGUGGCAACCGCCUGCGGAAAUUCAAUGUAUUGCAGGUCAACAACACAGAUGCUGAAGGCAGACUUACACUUGCGGAUGCUCUGGUAUAUGCCUGUAACCAAGGUGUAGAGAAGAUAGUUGAUCUAGCAACAUUAACUGGGGCAUGUGUGGUUGCUCUUGGGCCCUCAAUUGCAGGUGUCUUUACGCCUAGUGACGACCUUGCAAAGGAGGUACUUGCAGCUUCAGAGGUUGCUGGGGAAAAGCUUUGGAGGAUGCCUUUGGAGGAAAGUUAUUGGGAGUCCAUGAAAUCCGGAGUUGCUGAUAUGGUCAACACUGGUGGUCGUCAAGGUGGUGCCAUCACUGCAGCCCUUUUCUUGAAACAGUUUGUUAGUGAGAAGGUUCAAUGGAUGCACAUUGACAUGGCUGGCCCCGUCGCAAGUGAUAAAAAGAGACUUGCAACAGGAUUCGGCAUUUCAACUCUGGUUGAAUGGGUUAUGAAAAACUCUUCUUGAUUACAGUGUAAAAUUUACAGUUGAGUGGCAAAACGACAUCCCAACAGAUGGACAUGAUCAAAGGAGAAUCUUAAUUGUGUGUUGGGGGGGGGGUUCGUUUGGUGCAGUGAGAUCGUGAAUUAUUCAAAUAAGAAUUAUUAAAAUAAAAACCAUUAUGAAUGAAAUGUAACGAUGAGCUCAGUUGUUCAGAGUUUGCUUCAGUGAAUUAUGAUUAUUUGAUGUUCCUUUUCCUUAUUCUAAAGGGUUUGUGGAAUGGAUA